AUGCAUGAACGAAUUGACCUUCACUGCCACGCUGUGGCUCCAAGCUAUCGUCAGUACGCUAUCGAUAAUGGUCAUGAGAAGCCAGAUGGCAUGCCCGCUCUACCUGUAUGGAUCAAUCAAUGGACCCCUGAGCAGCAUAUCGCUCUCAUGAAGAAGCUCAAUAUUAGCAGAUCAGUCUUGAGCAUCACUUCUCCAGGAACGCACUUGACGCCACAAAACGAUGAGAAUGCCGCACGUCUGACUCGUCAGAUCAAUGAGGAGCUUUCGGCCAUAUGCAAAGAACAUCCAUCGUACUUUAGCUUCUUUGCUUCACUGCCUUUGCCAUCCAUCAAUGAUUCGAUAGCUGAAAUCGACUAUGCUCUAGACCAUCUUGGAGCAUCAGGCUUUGCGGUCCUGUCAAAUGCCAAUGGUGUUUAUCUCGGCGAUGUCGAGCUUGAUCUUGUAUUUGCGCAUCUCAAUGCUCGCAAGACUGUACUGUUCAUUCACCCUACAACAUGCAACAUUCUUGCUUCCGCUGGGCAAGUUCAAGCCGUUAAGCCUCUAGAGAAGUUCCCUCGACCCAUGAUGGAAUUCAUGUUUGACGAAACUCGUGCCAUUGCCAACCUAUUACUCUCUGGAACAGUGGCAAAAUACCCAGACAUUACGUUCAUCAUGUCUCACUGCGGUUGCGCCCUUCCUUCCAUGCUUGAUCGCAUCGGUGCUUUUGCCACACUAAUUUCGGGAGCCGAUAGCCAGACCGCCGAGUUCCAAAAGUUGCUUCGAGAGAGGUUCUACUUUGACUUGGCUGGGUUUCCUCUACCGAAUGCAAUCCAUGGAUUGUUAAGAAUCCUAGGUGAAGGUGGAGAAAAAAGGUUGGUUUACGGAACUGACUACCCUUUCACUCCUGAAAGGCUUGUUGUGAGUUUGGCGGAUGUUAUGGAAAAGGGAUUUGAGGAGCUAUUUGACAAAAGUGAGCGGGAUGAUGUGUAUGUGAACAACGCUGUAGACCUUUUGGGCCUCUAA